AUGACUGAUAACGACAGCACAAACCCCAAGCAGACAUGGAAGUUCUCACAGUGCUUUGGCGAUAAGAGUGACAUUGAAAAUAUCACGGAGGCAGACGUCAUCUCAACAGUUGAAUUUGACCAUACAGGCGACUACCUGGCCACCGGAGAUAGAGGCGGCCGCGUGGUACUAUUUGAACGCAACCAGACCAAAAAGGGAUGCGAAUACAAAUUCCACACGGAGUUCCAAUCCCAUGAUGCAGAGUUUGAUUAUCUAAAAUCACUUGAGAUUGAAGAGAAAAUCAAUAAGAUCAAGUGGUGCAAGCGUCAGAACCAAGCACAUUUUUUGCUUUCCACAAAUGACAAGACCAUUAAGCUUUGGAAGAUUUAUGAAAAGAACCUCAAGGUCGUUGUGGAAAAUAAUCUUUCAGAUAUGGCUGCAGCCAAUGGUGGAUCCCUGCCUCUUAACUUGAGCAACCUCGGAGGAAUCCCUGGAUUUAAUCCUGCAAACUCGCUUUUACCUAAUAAUGGACAAAACUCUGCUGCGGCGGCCGCGGCGGCUGCGGCAGCAGCGGCAGCAGCAGCAGGAGCAUCGUCGGUUACAAAUAAUGGCACCAAUCCAAACACUUUUAACAAUGGGCCCGCUGGCGGGGCUGCUGGAGGUCGCUCCACUGGCGGACUCUUGUCUCUGAACAAUCUCCGGCUCCCGCGGCUGUCUCUGCACGAGACAAUUAUAGCUGCAACUCCUCGCCGAAUCUAUGCCAAUGCUCAUACUUACCACAUCAAUUCGAUAAGUGUUAAUUCAGAUGGUGAGACUUUUAUUAGUGCUGAUGAUUUGAGAAUAAACUUAUGGAAUCUAGGGAUUGCAGACCAGAGUUUCAAUAUUGUGGACAUUAAGCCGGCCAAUAUGGAAGAGCUGACGGAGGUGAUUACUGCUGCAGAGUUUCAUCCCACUAGCUGCAACCUGUUUAUGUACUCGUCAUCCAAGGGCACAAUCAAGCUUGCGGAUAUGCGAGAAAAUGCGCUAUGCGACCACCAUGCCAAAAUUUAUGAGGAAUGGAUGGAUCCUGCGCAACACUCGUUUUUUACUGAAAUUACGUCAAGCAUUUCUGACGUGCGGUUUUCCUUUGAUGGGCGGUAUAUUGUUUCUCGCGAUUACAUGACUGUAAAGAUUUGGGAUGUGAAUAUGGAGAGGGAGCCUGUCAAGACGAUUAGCAUUCAUGAGCAUAUUCGUGACAAGCUGUGUGAUACUUAUGAGAAUGAUGCGAUUUUUGAUAAGUUUGAGGUUGUAUUUUCUGGGGAUGGCAAGUCUGUUAUGACGGGAUCUUACAAUAACAAUUUUAUGAUUUACCCGAAUGCAGUGGAUCCGAAUGCUGAGGAGACGGAGAUUGUGUUACAAGCUGAUAAGAGUGCAUUUAAGGCCAAGAAGGUUGGGAUGCCCAUGUCGAUGAACAAUGGUGGAAUGAUGAAGAAUGGGGGUCGCAAUAGUAAUGGUCGUGGUCAAAGUCCUGGUCGGGGCACUAUGAAUAUGAUGCGCCGAGACUUGGAUUAUGAGACGAUUGACUUUAAAAAGAAUAUAUUGCACUUGAGUUGGCAUCCACGCGAAAACUCUAUAGCGAUAGCUGCGACAAACAAUUUGUUUGUAUUUUCGACCUUGUAA